GAUAAGGCGAUUGGCGCCCAAUCUUUUAGUCGUCUUCAGGGAUGCAUUUCAAUGUUACACCUACCCACAUAGGUAAUGUAGUUUUUGCUGUAUCAAACUACAACCAGAAAGCAGCAUUAUAAACUUCACUUCCCAUCUACAAGUUGUUGUGCCACCAUAAAGGCGCGCCGGCUAGAAACACAAUUGUUUACCUGGCCGAGUUUUAGCUGGAACAUGUUGGGGCAAGAACCCAAGUUGUAUAAGUGCUAAACUUUGAUUUAAAACGCGAAACUACCCGAGACUCGUACUGUUUUGCCGCAAAUAGCAUCGUUGUCUGAGUGUGUUGUGUUGAAGUCGCAAGAAUGUUCGUUUUGAAUCGUGUUUUGUUUGCUGGGAGCAUCAUCGUCCCUGAGAGCACCUCCCUCACAGUGUGCCACUUUUCCGCUGUCCACCGCCUGACAUGCCCCAGACGGAACAGUCCCUACAGCUCUGUGGAUAGUGAGCGCUACUCUUCUCUGGUAAAAUCCGUCAUGUCCUCCACUGUCAGCUCUCAGACCCCAGAGACCCUCCAGGCGGAAGAUGGCCACGUUUAUGGACCAGUUGUCAAAGCUCGGACGCCUCCACGGACCGAGCCAAGGCUCCCCAAAACUCUUCAUCCUUUCGUAAAUCCUGAAAGGACUCUAGAAACGGAGGAGCCAGAGGCAGGACCCCCAGCCCGGAUUUUGUUAAAUCGGGGUAAGAGUAGGCCGUUUAUCCCGAGUGUGACUCGCAUUCUUCAGCAGACACUUUCUCCAGAGCAGAUCUUCUACCUGGAGAGAUGGAAGAGGAGGAUGAUCGCUGAGCUGGGAGAGGAGGGCUUCAAGGAAUAUAGUCAAAAUUUAUUUAAACAAGGAAAGCUUUUCCAUUCUGCUCUGGAGGACAUUCUGACCUCUGCCGACACAUGGAGGAACAAGAAUCUCUCAGAGACACCACAGUGUCCUCCUGAAGCGCAAGGAUACAUUCAGAGCAUCUCUCAUGUGCUGGAGGACGUCAGUGCAGUGAGGGCCAUUGAAAGCUCUGUGCAGCAUGGUCCCCUGAAUUACUUGGGAAUUGUGGACUGCGUUGCGCGCUACAGGGGUGUGCUGUGUGUCAUAGACUGGAAAACCUCAGAAAAACCCAAACCAUUCUUGAGCAACACAUAUGAUAACCCUGUUCAAGUUGCAGCAUAUGCCGGGGCUCUGAACAAUGAUGGCAACUACAAAUACCAGGUUGAAAAUGGUCUCAUAGUCGUUGCCUACAAAGAUGGCUCCACUGCUCACGCUCACCAGAUAAAUUCAGAGCUGAUGUCAGAGUACUGGAAAACUUGGUUGCUACGGCUAGAAGACUACAGAGAGCACAGGUCAAAUGCUUCAUCAAGUAUGUCUCCUGAAAAGUGAUAGAUCUGCACUGAAAAGCUCCAGCUUAACAACUGAAGCCUGGAUUUGAAAUGGCAACUAACAAGUUAGGAAUGUUG